CCCAAAGAUAGAUCCUCUCUAGGCUGACUAGUCGCUAGUCAACACAAGUAGCAUAGAUAUUGUCUUAAAAACUAUAACUCUUAUUAUCUUUGCACUAUGUGUCAUGACGGGAGAUGGCGGAUAAGAUAUCUUCUGGUGAAGAUCACGUGACUCUCUGAUAAGCGCGAUCGCCGCAGUCACAAGACACAUUUCAGUUAAAGUCUAUGAAUGGAAACCCAAACUCAGUCUGAUGUCCUUCCCAGCACAUGUUCCUCUACGACAAUAGGAUUCAGUGUCUUCAGUUUACAGUAUAUACAUUUAUCACAUUUGCCAUGAUUUCUAUAAAAAGCCAAGAGCGAUUUGGAAACAUGACCAGGGUGUACUACAGAGAAGCGGUCGGAGCGUUCAUCGUCUUUGAUGUCACGAGGCCGGCGACCUUUGAGGCUGUAACAAAGUGGAAAGAGGAUUUAGACUCCAAAUUGACUCUCUCUAAUGGCUUGCCAGUUUCCGCAGUACUUCUAGCCAACAAAUGUGACCAGGGCAACAAAGAUGGCUUCAAAAACAACUGCAGCAAAAUGGACCAGUUCUGCAAGGAGCACGGCUUUGUCGGCUGGUUCGAAACCUCGGCCAAGGAAAACAUAAACAUUGACGAGGCCUCGCGAUGUCUGGUGAAGCACAUCAUCGCCAGCGAGAGCGACUUACUGCAGUCCGUGGAGCCGGACGUUGUUAAACCCCAGAUGAAUUCCUCCAAAAUAGCUAGCUGUUCUGCCUGCUUUAAGCUCUAAUGUGUAUUAUUAUUUUGUGUUGCUUUUGGUUCGCUUGUUAAAUAAAAAUCCAAUCUCCGUGUUGCGA